UACCUAUUACUAGAGGACGAGGAUGAUCUCUGCUUCAUUCAUAUUUCUUCCAAGAACUACUUAAGCCGAGCCAUGGGACGCUACCUGCUGUGACGUGCACUCUCAAAAUCACACACCACUGCAGUCUGCUGAAGAAGGAAUAGCCGGCAGCAAUGGCAGCAGCUUCUUCAUAUUUGCCGCCAGUGGUGACAGCGGUUCUGUUUCUAUGGGUCUUCUUUAGCUGUGGGCAUGUGGAGGCAAGUAUUCAUUUUGGCAACAUGACUGCUCUUCAAAAGCACGUUGAAUUUUUCGACCGGAAUAAGGAUGGCAUUAUUACACCUUCAGAGCUCUUCCGAGGAUAUGUUGCACUUGGAUGUGAUGCCGUAUUUGCCAGAAAAAAAGCCGCAUCUAUGAGUGCUGGUGUUGGUCCAAAAACAAGCCCUGUUGGUGCACCACUGCCUCAUUUAUCCAUAUACGUACAAUAUAUCCAUAAAGCAAUGCAUGGAAGUGAUACAGGUGCAUACGACGCUGAAGGAAGGUUUGUUCCUGCAAAGUUUGAAGAAAUAUUCACAAAGCAUGCAAAGGUCAGGCCAGAUGCGUUAACGUAUGAGGAGAUUGAGGAGAUGAUUCUAGCAAAUCGAGAUCCAUUAGACCCACAAUCGUGGUCUGCACCAGAAAAAGAAUGGGGACUGAUAUACAAGCUUGCAAGUGAUAAGCAAGGAUUCCUUCAUAAGGACUCUACAAGAGGCAUAUAUGAUGGAAGUGUGUUUUACAAGUUGGAGAAACUGAGGAUGUCUGCAAGAUGUGAUAUGUGAUGGAGUUCAACAUUUAGUCAAAUGCAAUGAGACAUAAUAAUAAACACAAAAGUGUAUAUAUAUUAGGCAAUUAAGAGAUUGUUAUCUGAAUCAGAUAUUAUAUUGUACAGUUGUUGUGAUUUUUGUGUUAGGCCUUCGAGUAUAUGGACCAAUAUCUUUGAUACAUAGUAAAGUAUAUGGACCAAUAUCUUGGGUGUUCACUGAAGAAUGAUAUAUAAGCAUGUAAGUCGUCUUAUGCUUGA